CAUAUGGUACCAUUUCUAUCUACCACAGUGUUCCUCUCCUACUGCUACACCGCCCCACUCUUCCUUGCCCUGAUCUAUUACGACUCGAGCAGCAGCAGCAGCAGCAGCUACCGCAGAUCAUAGAUGUAGAGUGCCCUGCCCUCUUCACAAUGGUUUCUAGGUUGCUGUGACCUCUGUUAAGGAAGCUCAGCUUCUUUCUCUUCUCACCUCUCUGUGAACAAGAAACUGUUUGCUAGUUCUUGAGGUUCCAUGCUGCAGUGCAGCUUCAUGUCCUGAGGACUAAACAGGACCAGAAAACAGCGCAGAUCUGGAUGAGCUCUUGACUUCGAGAAAGGAGAAGGACCAAAAGAUACGCAAGAGUUAAAGAAGAAGAGGGGUAAGAGAAGGUAGUAAGUAGAGAGAGAAAGAUGCAGUCGAGUUAUGGAGGAGUGUCGGAGAUCCAGCAAUUCAUGGUAGAAGGCUGUGGUGGCAGCACCCCCUCGCUCUUCUCCAACACGGCCGACAUCCACUCGACCGCUGCCGGUGGAAGUAACCCUCUCAAGUACCAGGCGCCGCCACCGGCUGCGGUGCUGCCUCCCCAUUUCGCGCAUUUCCACUCCAUUCCUAUCACCCAGCAGCUCUUCCAGCAGCCGCCUGCGGCGGCGGUGCACCAAUUCCAGCUCUUCCAUCCUCACCACCACCAGCAGCUGAAUUACCAGCCUCUGGAGCCGCGGCGGAUGCAGAUGCCGCACCACCAGCAGCUUGGACUGGACCAGGAUUCCGGCCCCGAGAACUCUGCCUCUUCGGCUCGUGUCACUAUGCCAGCUGGUGGAGGUGGCGGCGGCGGCGGCGGCGGCCCGCCGCCAUCCUUUCUGGCGGAGGCGAUGAACUUUAAGCUUGCAGUGAACGAGAGCAGUGGGGGCGGAAGCCGCGAGGGGAUCAACGAUGAGGAUGGCAUCUUGCGAGGAGACGACGACGGAUCGGAGAGUCGUCUUCAUCACUGGCCUCAGAGAGACGAUGAGUCUUCCAUUAAAGAGCUAUCCUGGAGGCCAUUGGAUUUGGAUAUCGACUACAUCAACACGAAUGGCAAAAGGUGCAAGAACAAAGAGCCCGAGAUCUCAAUUAACACCGCCGGGAAGGUGUCCAAGAAGAGCAAAGAGGAUGCCGGCGCAGGGAGCAGCAACUACAAGAUCUUCAGUGAGCUAGAGGCCAUCUACAAGCCAGGCGGAAGCAGUGGCGGCGUCAAUCGGACUGGCUCUGGCUCCGCGCUCACCGGCGAUGAGACCCCCCUGUUGCACGCCGCCGCAAUGGCACCUCCGGGCCUGCCUUCGGGUGCCGAUUGUGUCGGAGGAAUGUCGGAGACGUCGGCGGGAGAGGAGGCGGGGCGGCCAGGGAAAAAAAUUAGCAACAACAGAAACAGCAGUGGGAAGAGGAGGAGGAAGCGGCGGCGGUGGCAGCGGCAGCUGAGUUCGGUUGCGGCCUUCUUCGAGAGCCUGGUUAAGCAACUGAUGGACCACCAAGAGAGCCUCCACCGGAAGUUCCUGGAGGCGAUGGAGAACCGCGAGCAGGAGCGGACCAGCUGCGAGGAGGCGUGGCGGAAGCAGGAGGCGGCCAAGUCCUUCCGCGAGGCGGCGGCCCGCGCUCACGAGCGCAAACUCGCCUCCUCCCGCGAGGCCGCCAUCAUAGCCUUCCUCGAAAAGAUCACAGGAGAGAGCCUAAAUCUCCCUCCUAAGCCCCAAUUCUCCGACGAACACAAAAAUUACCACGAAAAUAACCCCCAAACCGAGCCCUACGCCGAGGAGGCGGCGUUCGGGGAUCAAGAAAGUAACAAGGUGCUGUUCAGCACGAGUAGGUGGCCGAAGACGGAGGUGCAGGCGUUGAUCCGAGUCCGCAGUGGACUUGAGUCGCGGUUCCAGGAGCCGGGGCUGAAGAGUCCCCUGUGGGAGGAAGUGAGCGCCACCAUGACCGCCAUGGGCUACCUCCGCAGCGCCAAGCGGUGCAAGGAGAAGUGGGAGAACAUCAAUAAGUACUUCAGAAAGACCAAAGAAACCGGGAAGAAGAGACCGCAACACUCCAAGACCUGUCCUUACUUCCAACAGCUCGACCAACUCUACUCCAGGCCCUCGCUCAACAAAGACAGCAAUAAUAUUAAUCCCAAGAAGCAGAGGUUAACGGAUCAAGAACAUGAUCCUAAGGAGAAGCACGACGACACUGAAGAUAAAAGAACCGACAACUCCGAGCUACUCGACGCCAUCGUCGUGCCACCGGCCGCCGCCGCCGAUUACCCAAGCCUCAAGUUCGGGUUCGACUUCAAUGGCAAAGUGGCGGACGAAAAUCUCGAAGACGGUGGAUCAGCUCCAAAUUUAGACCGCAAUGGUGACGAAAACGAGGAGGGCGAGGAGCAAGGAGGUGAAGAAGCGGAAGGAGACCAAGAAAGAGAAGAAGGAGAAGAAGAAGAAAGGGAAAGCCAAGACCAAGAACUACACGAUACGAGCCUCUUCUUCCAGAGCCUCCAAUCCUGAAGGAACUAAAACGCAAUCACACUCGCAAUAUAAUUAUGGUGUGUUCAAUUGCUAUUAAUUCUUUCUUUUAGGAUAUAUAGUCCUAGUUUAUAGCCGGCUUUAGUAGUGCAAUUCAAUAAUCAUGAGUGUAUAAUUAAAACCAUCCUGUUCCUGUUUGAAAUGCUGUACUACUCCCUACAUCCCUAAUAUCUGCUUCCUUUUGCUUUUCUAAUGCUGCCAUUGCUUUAAUUUUCUCUA